AUGGCGGUUAUGCCCGACCGAGUAGCGAAACGAGAUUUCGUUCCUCUAGAACCGUUUGUCCACCAAGUCGGUGGCCAUUGCUCCAUGAUGAGAUUUGACGAUGUAUCUGUUUGCAAGCCCUUAAAGCAAAGGGAACAUCGAUUUUACGAGGAACAGCCUCCAGAAAUGCGACCAUUUACUCCUGAAUACCGAGGUACGUAUAGAAUAAAAUAACGCUUUCUUCUUCUUGCAAAUUUCGUUUCGACGAAAAACCGGCUAUUCUCAGCUAAUCGACUAUCUUUCUCGCCCGGAAAAUAAAACUGUCUAAGUUGUAUGUCAGGACAGAAGGCUCAAAAGUACCAGAAAUGUAAAAAUUUCUUGCUUUCGUGCCUAAUUAGCUUUUUGGUUGAAAUAAAAAUGGCUGUCGAGUUAUGAGUUUCAUCCCAACGUGUCGUAAUUCCCUCGAUAGUUAUGAUCCAGAUCUAGGGAUACUUGUUAACGCAGGAGAAUCCUUUCUAGAAUACAACGAUUCAUUCUGCAAAACCAAUGUAUUUUACAAUAGAUUUAUAUGUUAGUGCUUCUAAAAUUGUUAAGCCCCUGAGAACCUGCAUUUUGCUUUUUGUUAUUGGACAUACAAAUUCUGUGGGUGAGAAAUCUUCGUCGAGACUGUCGCCCCCAACUGGGUAUGUAAACUUGAUACAACCCAAAGCCAGAUUCAAAUCAAAAUCGUCAACAACGCCUUACAUAGAGAUCGUGUUUACACAUGUUCGAGGUGAAAAUGACCAAAAUCGGUUGUUGUUGUUUCUUAAGUCAAAGAAAGAAUUGACCGUUAUAAGCGAGCGAACUUGUGAUUAGGCCUAUCUUUUUUCCACUUGACAAUAAUGCUAAAAGAUCCCUGUAAAAAAUCUUCUUGUACACAUUGCGCACUUUAUUCUUUUACUCUCGUUAUUCUUUUUAUUAAAGUGUACCCAUCGCAGAAUGUUGCCGUACAUGACAUGCUUGACUUGUGAAUCAAGUGCAAUUUAUCAUGAAUCAGUUUAUUUGGUUCAGCUGAUUGCCUACAAUUUUAAAAAAUUAUUUGCAUAAAGGCUAUUGUCAUGCAAUCUUUGGUUUGUUUUCCCUCUUCCACUGCAGUCUACCAAGAAAGAUCAUCUGUGUAUUGCUAAAUCCGAGGAAUGUGUUUGUUUGACCCUUUUUAUCUGCUAUAUAUCUUCAUCUUUCUUUUUGUAUUAAUGAAUGAUAAAUUAUUGGCUUCCUCUACCACUUUUGCAUGAUGCAAAUAACAUUUUUGUGGUCAUUGUUUUCCACAAAAUUUAAAAAUUAAAUUCUUCUUAAAAAUUUAAAUGUAUUGGAGACUGUUUUUAUUAUAUUGGAACAAAGUAAAAUAAAUUCUCUGUGUUUCCUAAAGGAUAGUCUGACCACGGAGUUACUUAUUGUUUUUUGCAAACAAUGUUCUGGGUUAGAUCCUUUACUGCAUUGUGGUGUCAAAGUUAUCGGGUGGACAAAAUACAGUGUUUUGUAUGAUAUUGUCCAUUUGUGCCUCAACUUCAUGUAUAUGCCCCCUGGAAUCUUAGGUGGAAAAUAUCUAUUGCUUAAAUUAUAAUAAAUAGGCUUAUGAAAAAUUUCAAUUAUGUCUUUGUGACAACAAAAUGUUGCUGCUACUACAAACAGGAGUGGUUUUUGUAAGUGUUAAAGAGGACAAAGAUGGCUAUAUUUAUCUUACUGCACACCCAGACAAGUUGGCUUUAGAGUGCCAAAAAAAGGAGGGCUCAACCAAAUUCUGCAUCACUAAUUCAGACAAUGAUGGUAGCAGUGGGGAAGAUGAGGGAGAUUCAACUCCAGAGAAAGGCCUGCACAGGUAA